UAACAGCUGGAAAGCCGAAGACGACAGCCAGCUAGCCAGAAACGGGAGAAAUUGAAAGAAAACGGAUGGAGCGAUAGCAAACGCAGUGAAUUUCAUAGAUAAUUAGAUAAUAAUUAAACAGUUGUCGCUGUCGAAUAAGUAAGCGAAAAAACCAACAACAGCAACCGUAAAAAAAUGCACAGGCGUUUGGUGCAUACAACAAUGUGUAGACGUAUCGAAGCGUAAAAAUCAAAGGCGGCGCCAGCCACACGAACAACACAAUAAAAACGGAGAAACCAUAAUAAAAGAGAGACAGCAGACAGCAGCAGCUGGAGCUACUGGUGGAUCGCCGCAACUCCGGAUUAUUGUUUUUGAUGUGUGCCUUGGCCAGGGGAGCAGCAAUACAGUCAAAUAGCAAUAGUUAUAAUAACAACAUUAGCAAUAAUAUCAACGGCAACCACUGCAACCACAAAUAGCAACAACAAUCACCGCUUCAGCCUUAGCGUAUACAACGAGCGCACCGUGUCCUCAGUGUCAUAGAGCCCCACAUCCAAAACAAAAACAAACAACCACAGACAACAGCAAUAACAACAAAAGCAAAAUGUCAUCACCCAGCGCUGGUAAACGCCGCAUGGACAAUGACGUCAUCAAACUAAUCGAAUCAAAACACGAGGUCACGAUCCUUGGUGGCCUUAACGAAUUCCAUGUGAAGUUCUUUGGGCCAACUGGCACACCCUACGAGGGCGGCGUUUGGAAGGUGCGCGUCUAUCUGCCCGACAACUAUCCAUUCAAAUCACCAAGUAUUGGAUUUGUCAAUAAGAUCUAUCAUCCCAAUAUUGACGAAUCAUCGGGCACCGUUUGCCUGGAUGUGAUCAAUCAAGCCUGGACGGCAUUGUACGAUCUAUCGAAUAUAUUUGAAUCGUUCUUGCCACAACUGCUCACAUAUCCAAAUCCAGUCGAUCCAUUGAAUCGAGAUGCGGCCGCCCUCUAUCUGCACGAGCCGGAGGAAUAUCAUCGCAAGGUCGCCGACUAUGUGCAGCGGUAUGCGACCGAGGAUGCGCUGCGAGCAGCGCAACAGGAGCGCGAGAGCAGCGACAGCGAGUCCAGCAUGUCCGACUACAGUGAGGACGAGGCCCGUGAUAUGGAAUUAUAAUAUCGGUUUAAAUAUAUUAUCGAAACAACUAAAACAAUAGUAGCAGCAGCCCUACUAGCUGCUGUCUAAAAAAUGCCUCGAUUUGAACUAGAUCAGAUCGCCACGAUAUACAAAAAAAAAAAAACAACAAAAUACAAUUGAACAACACAAACAGACACAUAUACACAAACACACACCCAUACACAAACACACACACAUACAUAUAUAUGUAUCUAUCUAUAUAUAUAUAUGUAUGUAUACACAUAACAAAUGAACGUGAUUCGAUGGACAUACUUAUAAAUAUAAUAUAUAUAUGAUCUAAAACCUUAUAUAUGUAUAUUAAUGUGUAAGCAACAAAAAGUUUGAAACAAUUCUUAGUAAUAUAGCAAUUAUAUAGUAGCUGACAAAUCGAGUAUAAUACAAAGGAGAAAAACAAGAGAAGGGCAGACCGAAAGCAAGAAACGAUAAUAAUUUUGGAUGGACAAGAGUUACCGAUUGCAUUGCAAAUCCAAUAAACGUACAUAACUUAGAGAAAUAACAGAAAAUCACAUACACGAUAUAUAUAUAUUUAUAUAUGUGUGCCGUCAUGACUAUAUAGUUAGCUGUAUAUACCCCAUAUAAAUAUAUAUAUCCACAAGCAUAUAUAUAUAUAUAUAUAUUUACAUAAACAUGGACAACUGUUUUACUUGUCAGCUGCUUAGGCUACUGACACAUUUAAGCAGAAUUAACACAGCACAUCCAACUUCCGCCCACCUGUCACACGCCCCCACGCCCCUCGCCCACGCCCUCGCACACUCUUGGACUAUGUUGAGCCGCAGACCGCCCGCCAAUGCAUUCAAUCAAACUUUACUUGAAUUUUCUUGUUUUUCAUUUUAUUUUAUUUUUUUGUUUUUAGUUCUAAUUUUAAUUUCGUAAUUAUGACGCAGCUCUUAUUUGUUAAAUGCUUAAAUAUAAACAAACAAACCGAAACUAAGCUUAGGUUACAAAGUUGUUAAUGUAAAACUUUUAUAUAUAUAUAAAGCCCCCCACACCUACACACACACACAUGUGCAUACAGCUGCGGUCACUAGAUUAGUACCACUAAAUGUUUGACUAAGAAACUUAGUGAUAAAAAUAAUAUCAAACAUCUAAAUGAAUAACGGUAUAUGUUCAACUUAAUAUUCGUUUCAAAUUGCUUGAAAAGUAGUACUAUUCGAAUGACCGCGGCUGUAUACCUUUAUAUAUUUCUAUAUAUAAAUAUACAUAAAACUAGGUUGCCAAUUAAUCGUGUGUUUCAACAAGAGCAAAAUUUAUUAUAUAUUUAUUAAAGAAAGGAAAACAAAAGCAAAGCGAAGAUUACAGAUUUUUAAAUUCAUUGUUUAAGCUAGUUAAACAUUUCGUUUCGAAAACUCGUGCGUCUUGUCCUGUUUUUCUUUUUUUUUUUUUUUUUUUUGUUUAAGUUUUAAAGUUGGAACAGUACAGAAAUAAAGCUAAAUUAAGUCUUAAAGAGAUAAUACAGAAAUGAAAAUAAAAAGAAAUAAAUAUAUAUAUAUAUAUACAACAACAAAAAUGAAGGAAAAACUAAAACCAAUUAAUUAAUGUUUAAUGAAAAGCGUAGAGUUGUGUAUUCUAGUUAACUUAGAGAGUUCAAUAAUAUAAAAUAAUAAUAAUAAAAACAACAAACUAAACAAAACUAAA